AGGACAAACAGGAGGACGCAGCGGGUCAGACUGGGAGGGAGCAAAAACUGUUGAAGGGCAAAAUCAUUAUAGACCAGCCCACUGCGUGUCGAGUCCUGCCCUGCUGUUCCCACAGAACACUCGGAUGUCACUCUGGCACACUGCGAUCGACACAGUUUGUCGGUGGAAUAACGACUGACGGCUUCCAAAAUCUUAAAAGGUUGGCUCUGGUCGCCUCCUAGUGUGAAGUCCAGGCAUUGAAAAGAUUUGAUUUUAUUUGGAGCAAAAAAAUAUUUAAAACCACAGGAAAUCCUGUUUGAACAAGUCGACAGCCAAUCGCUUCCACUUGGAAUCUGACUCUUGACAAAGCAGCAAUAAUGGACAACCUGAGGACUAUGUGACAGCAGGUUUCAAAAACACAUCAGAAAAGGUCAGGAGAGCACGGCUGCAGAAAAUAGACCCCCCAUAAAAUGGUAACUGAGUCUUUCCAUGCUGCCUACGCUGCUGAGGCUUCAUCUGCAUUCCCAAUGACUGUCACAAGUGGCAACCUGCUCAGGAUGUUUCGAGAGUACCAGAGCAACGCAGUCAUCAUAGAACACUACAACUAUACUGGCAAACUCAAGGAGAACAAGUACAAGAAUGGACUCAAACCAGAGGCUAUAGCAUUCCUACUGGUCUGCCUGCUCAUCGUCCUGGAGAACGCUGUGGUGCUGCUGGCUAUCUGGAAGAACAAGAAGUUCCAUCUGCCAAUGUACUAUUUAUUGGGCAACUUGACUCUUUCUGACCUGCUGGCAGGUUUCACCUACAUGGUUAACAUUAUAACAUCUGGGGCCAACACAUUAAACAUGACCCCAGUGCUGUGGUUCCUGAGGGAAGGCGGCGUGUUCAUCAUGUUGGCCGCCUCCGUCAUCAGCUUGCUGGCCAUCGCCAUAGAGCGUCACGUUACCAUGGUGAGAAUGAAGCCGUACCAGGGGGACAAACAAGGUCGUAUGUUUGCUCUGAUUGCAGGAAGCUGGGUUCUGUCAGUGUUUUUAGGCAUCCUGCCUGUUCUUGGGUGGAACUGUAUGGGGCGGCUGAACCAGUGCUCCACAGUCCUCCCGCUCUAUGCCAAGAGUUACAUCCUCUUCUGCAUCACCAUCUUCAGUGCCAUCCUCAUGUCCAUAGUGGUGCUCUACGUUCGCAUCUUCCGCAUUGUCAAAUUCAACACGCAGCGCCUCGGCUCAGGUUCACAGCGCAAAGGUCUGAGCCGCAAGUCGCAGAAGUACAUGGCACUGCUGAAGACGGUCACCAUCGUCCUCGGAGUCUUCAUCGCCUGUUGGCUGCCGUUGUUCAUCCUCCUGCUGCUGGACUUCUUCUGCCCAGCCCAAAGCUGCGAAGUGCUCUUUAAGGCAGAUUAUUUCUUGGGCAUUGCCAUUUUCAACUCGCUCCUGAAUCCCAUCAUCUACACGCUGACCAGCAAGGACAUGAGGAAGGCCAUUCUCAGGCUGCUCUGCCAACACUGCCUCAUAACCAAAGAUGGGCAAGUGAAGAAGCUCGGGCUGCCCUUCCUGGACUGCAGUACCAGUAAAACAGACGCAGCCUCACACAGACUGGAGGGAAUAGAGACGACGCUGUCCUCUGGAAACUUAACGCCAUCUACUGUCAAAGUGAUCUACCCUAGGAUUUCUAGAACGUGACAUGCUGGCUCAGUCUGACUUAGUGCUGAGCUCUAAGUCUUAGAUCACCCACACAGCCAGGCUGCUGAGCGGCUUAUGUGCACAAACUGCAGGGUGGAUUGUCCCACUAAUAUUAUGUAUAUAUAUAUGAAGGCAAUGUAUUUGACAGAUGUAGAAAUUUGGUUUCAUUUCUAUUAAUCUGCGAAGUCUCCAACUUUCUGAACAUAUUGUAUAAAUGAAUGCUGUAGUUGACAAAUCUCAGCAGUACAUUUGACACAGAAAGUAUGUGCACCUUGGCACUUAUUAAUCUAGUCAGAGGAAGUUCCUCUGAGAAGAACACCAUUUCAUUAGUGCAGACUGAGCUCUGCGUCUGACUGCGGCUGAAGACCAAGCACGGGAUUUAACCUCAUCUCCUCUCCCUAUGCAGCAUAUAAUGACACGCUGUUAAAAACAUGAAGCAUCCACACCCAAAACCCCUGCUGCCAAAACCAUGUAAUUUCUUUCAUCUGAGUUUUGGUCAGCAGGAAUUUGGGGUAGCGGCCCCCCUCAUCCGAGAUCAGAGGCAGACGCACAGAAGACGUCAUACAGAGGGUUGUGCUGGUUAUCUGGCAGCUUUGCAGGCCCCUUCGACAUGUAACAACAGAUGAUAAAUGACUAAGAGCAAUAAAGUUAGCAGUGGAGGUUUGGUGCCUUCUGCCCGCUUUAAUGGACCCAUCACAUUUUGAAGCUCAUGGGGGGAAAAGGUUUGUUUCUUGUUGGACACUGUGGCUGUAUGUAUGCAAUGAAAUGAUACAGAAUGAAACAGAAACCUGUUACAAACCACAGAAUGCGUGAGCAUCAGUGCCUGGGAGAAUUUCAUUGUGGUAUUACUGAAGAAACAUUGACACUGAUGAUUGUCAUACUGUAUAUAAGUGUAAAGAAAAUAAAAUCUAUUUCUUAUACAGAUUCUUUUUAUACGAUUUAAAUAACUGUAGCCUUUUCUGAUUUUCAGAGCUUUGUAUCAAAAAUUCAUCACUUAACUUAUGUUGGUUUUUAUAACGUGCACUAACUGAAUAAAAUUAAUGAACAAUGAUGACA